GGACUAUAUAAGACAGUGCCGCUGAGUAGACGGGCAUUCGUUCCCUGCUGUCGCUUGAGCUAAGAUGGCGCGCAUGGUGACACUGACACUUCUGCUGGCACUGAGUGGCCUCGCCGUUGGCCAAGGCGACCGCGCCCCCCAGAGCGACGGACCCCGGCUUGCUCAGGCGCCCGCCCCCGCCCCGCCGGGGAACAGUUUCCGCAGGUGCUCGGCAGGUUUCUCCGUCCGGAAGGCCACCAGCGCAACAUCCACACUGCGAAAUUCCAGGGCCACUCGUAUCAGGUUUCAGGACGUGCUGACCCGUGAGGGCGGCUGGUCGCCCUCCGAGAGCGACUUCCUGGCUCCCUGCAGGGGCCUCUACUACUUCUCCUUCCACGGCGUAGCUCAAGACAGAGGCGACUUCACGUUGGCCCUGAUGAAGAACGGCCAGUACCAGGUGACAGCUUAUGGCGGGAAGGGCAACUACCAGCAAGGCUCCAACUCGGCCCUUCUCCUGCUGAACGAGGGCGACCUGGUCCACCUCGAGCUGCAGCAGGGAGGCCUCUACGAGCACCCGAACAACGAAGCCUACACCUCCUUCACCGGAUUCCUCGUCGAGGCCUUUUAAUGCCAGCACGGAGGGGGCGGUCUGCGGCGAUAAGGUUGUGCUUUCCACAUUUUCGAGGGAGAAGAUGAAUAGGGAUUUCAGAAUUGGUUUUCUGUUCUACAUUAGUCUAAAAAAUCUCAGGCAGCUAUAAGUCAUGUUUUCAGCUCGUGUGAAAGGUUAUGCAGGCAUGUAAAAUGAAAACAAUAAAAUAUGGUUUCUUUA